AUGAGGUAUGUGUAUAGGGCUCUUCGUCGGUGCUCUCCCCUGCAAAAAUGGCGCGGGUUAGAAACACUCACCACAGACAUUCUGAAAAGGCCUCGCGAUGACAAAGAGCGUGUUGUUAUCCUGGGAUCAGGAUGGGGAGGGUAUACGGUGUCUCGCAAGCUCUCACCCAGGGAAUUUUCUCCGGUCGUCAUAUCGCCGCGGUCAUAUUUUGUCUUCACUCCGCUCUUGACGGACACCGCUGGCGGUGACUUGGAUUUCUCGCACAUCGUCGAGCCAGUUCGGCAUCCCACGAUACGGGUGGGCUUUAUCCAGGCGGCGGCGCGUGCUAUCGACUUGGACCGCAAGAUGGUGCUGUGUGAGCCGACCAUCGUCAAGAGCGGCGUCACGUUAACUCAUACCGAGGAAGACGAAGGGGGUUCUGGCGUUGCGGAUAAAUGGGAGAGUAGCGAAACAUUCGAGAUACCGUACGACAAGCUGAUCAUUGCGGUCGGAGCCAUCAGCAGAACGUUCAAAACACCUGGCGUAAAGGACAACGCCAUCUUCUUCCGAGAUAUUGGUGAUUCCCGCCGUGUCCGACGCCGGGUCCGCGAAUGUUUUGAGCUAGCCAUCUUACCGACAACCAGCGACGAACUACGAAAGCACCUAUUGCACUUUGCCAUCGUUGGCGCCGGUCCCACUGGUACAGAGCUCGCGGCAGCAUUGCGGGACUUUAUCGCCACAGACCUCAUUACACUGUAUCCAGCCUUGGAUGGUUUGGUACGGAUCUCGCUGUACGACGUGGCGCCGAAAGUCCUUUCCAUGUUCGACGAGUCCUUAUCCCGUUAUGCUCAAGAAACGAUGAAGAAAGAGGGGAUUGAUGUACGGACCUCACAUCAUAUUGAAGAUCUCCGCUGGGGAGCUCCCGGCACAAAGCCGCCGUACGAGAAGGACCCUCGUAGCUGCCUGACACUCAGAACAAAGGAGGAAGGGGAGGUCGGUGUUGGAAUGUGUGUCUGGGUGACGGGAAAUGCCAUGAACGAGCUCAUCACUCAUUCCCUUCGUGGCGUUGAGGUGUUUCCGACGAAAUCAGCAAUCAUGAAGGACAAAACAGGGCCAAAAGGCGCGUCACAGCGCUCCUGGGCGUACAAAAAGGCACCGAAGACAGGCGCACUGCUCGUAGACGGCCAUUUACGCGUGCAGCUGGAAGACGAGACCGGGAAUACGGCGGUUCUUCAGGACGUCUUCGCCCUCGGUGACAAUGCGAUGCUUGAGCACGCUUCACCCCCAGCAACGGCGCAGGUGACGGCUCAAGAAGCCAAAUGGUUGUCGGCGCGACUCAACCACGGCGAUUUGGAAAAGUCGCCUCCAUUCUCGUUCCGUAAUAUGGGUACGCUCGCGUACAUUGGGAACGAAAGGGCGCUGAUGCAACUGCCGAACGAGGAGGGCGGGUAUCUUCCGCACAAGCUGACAGGGAGAGCGGCCUGGUUGGUUUGGAAUUCGGCGUACCUGACUAUGACGAUUAGUUGGCGCAAUAAGCUGCGCGUAGCAUUUCGAUGGAUGUUGAAUCGGCUGUUUGGACGUGACAUUUCGCGAUAUUAG